UUUCGAACAUACCUCACCCAGAACAGUGGGGCUGCUGAAGCGCUUGCGCUGACACGAUCGUGUCGGGCAGCAGUAAGGAUGGAUACGCCUGAUAUUAUUCAUUUUUCUAACAACAAACCUCCCCUUCGACCGCCCCCCCCCUUCGACCGCGUUUGACUCGAUGCGGUGCAGCGACAUUUCCUUAUGGCUAGGCGGAAUCGAGCCCACCGACUUGACAGCUUCCGACGACGCCCGUCCAGCGAAGCGAAAACGAAGUCUUGGCGACUUUCAUACACCACCAGACUCGUUACCCGCCGGCCUGGCGCCCGCGCAUGAGGGACAAGUGACACCCAAGAGCAGAAAUGGGAGCAGGAGCGGGCGGACACAAGAUGGCGAUGCCGACCCGAACGAAACACGGCGCCCACUGAGUGUCCCGCUCGGCCGACCACUGCAGCUACGACGGCUCCGGUCCGCCUCUUCUUCCGACAUUACCGAUAGCUCCAACACCCACAGCGUUGAGUCUUCGACUACCAAAAAACGAAACAAGAUGUACGAGAUCAGGUCUGGGUUCAGGGUUCUCCCUUUUAGCACCCGCGAUUCUCGAACUGGCGACCAGGGCGCACUCGUGGCCGACUUUUCCCGCAUCUCCAAUGGCCGGCAAGGCUUCAUCUCGCGGACGAGGCAAAGAGACAUCGAGGAGGACGCAGCACGUACGGGCGUCUUGGAGGAACUCCCGCUCAACCCAUACUUUGACGCGGUGGAGGGAGGACAGCGACAAACGGGCGAGAUGUCGGAAAGCAUGGAGUCGCCCGGUAUAUGUGAGGUGCGAAAUAUACAUCGGACGGCGGUCGAAUAUGAGUAUUUGGGACAAGAUGAAGCGGCUUGGAAUGCGGCCGUGCAUUAUCCUCUGCUCCGACUGGCCAUGGGAUACGAGAUGCUUGUCGACGUGGUGCCUUGCGCCUCAGCCACUAUUCUUGAUGACUUUGUUCCCACAGGCACUCUAAACGGAAACAAGGUCGACUUCUGCCUUGCGUUCAACCCGCGGUGGCCGCUGCGACCCGGCAAAGUGGGGAAGACAACAGCCUCUGAGGCCAUUAACAAGGUCCGUCUCCAAACAGAUGACAUUUGCGUCAACCACACAGACUUCAGUCCCCUCCUCGAAAGCCCCAUCGCCGUCAGCAUCAAGGCGAAGCGGGCGGACGGUCCGGGGACCAGGGACGCGCAGAGACAGCUGGGCAUUUGGCAGGUUUCCCAUUGGGUUUAUCUGGAAAGCAUGGCAAGCAGCAUGGACGGCUUGGAUUUUCUCCCCUCGAUCCACGUCGUGGGGCACAAGUGGGAGUUUACCGCGUUUAGCAUGAAGGACGGGACGCCCAGGCUCUGGGCCGGGUUCCCCAUCGGGGACACCACCACUGUCUUUGGCGUCUACCGUAUCAUUUGGUGUCUCCGGCGGCUUGCGCGGUACUCGGUUGAAAAAUACUGGCCCUGGUUCAACAAGGCGAUUCUUGAGCAGGCGAUUCUUGAGCAGGAUUGACAUUAUGGGUAAGUCGUGACGGGGAUGUUUUCCGGCCAUGUUGGUAUCCAUUGUUCGAGCUAUUUAUAUUUUCGAAACGCGUAGGCUUAGAUGUACCGAAUUCAAGGCUCGAGGCAGCUCAUGGCCGGCCCCAAACUUCACUUUUUAUACGGAUUCUUUGAUUCAACGUUCCGUUCAUCCACCCCUUGUCCGCCCUCUUCUCGGACCAAUCACAGCGUCGGCAGACGGCGUGCCUCGACCUUCUCACCCUCGAUGGCCAGCGAUGGUGUUGCGAGGCUGCCACCAUGGGGGCCCGACGAGGCCGUCGUGCAGCCGACAGGCCUGCGGUCCUUGCUCGCCGUGUGCCUCCACGUGACUCCCCCUGACACUAGGCAGACUCGGAUCGCACUAGCAGUGAGCGGGCUUGGCUCCCUCAUGGCAGAGAGUCUAGUGACUGACUUUGAGCUCAAGGGCUAUACUGGCUUCAUCACCAGCCUGGUUUGUGUUACCAAGUCAUUAUUGUUUGUAUUUAUUGCAAGUCCAGCACCUCGUUCGUUUGCCUGAUGUGAACUAGAAAUGUGUUUUAUGCUCCAGAGCCCAGAGGAGCUGAGAGCAGACCAACCUGGGGUCAUAAAUGCCCUGCUUGUGCCCCUUCUCAUACUAUUUUUGGCCAUCUCUGCCGCCCGCUCGUCUCUACACACUAGCUAG